CGGAUUUGAACUAUAAUAACCAUGGUAACUGGAUGGCGAGAGAAAGAAACCUAACUAAUAGUUCGUCCCAGGAGGUAGCGCUUCAUGAAGGGAUGCAGUCUCUCGUCUCACUCGAGGGCUAUAGCCCAGAGCUCAGGAAAUAUUUGGAGGGUCAUAAAUGGCCUUCUGUAAUGGAGGCUUUAUUCAGUGGUUUAGCUGUCAUGGUACCGAGAGAUCCCUGGGUAUUUAUAGAAAAUAAGCUACAAGAGGUUCACAGCAGUCAGACAUCAUACCCCACUGACAUUGAAUGGGAUUGCUUCAUUGAUCCUGACCUAAAGCCAGUGAGGUCUUUCUUUCAAGGCAUUAGAGAUCCUUAUAUGGACGACACUGACCUCCCCUCUGAGUCCUUGCUUGAAGUUGCUUUUGAUUUUCGUCGUAGGAAACUAUAUGGACUUUGUUUCUAUGGCUGGAUUAGGUUUCACGAGCUCAUUAAGUUUGAGAGAGCAGAAGAAAAGCGUAAGACUUCCUUUGCUGAAGGACACCACAGGAGCAGAUUAAAAAGGAUUAUACUCACUAAAUGGCAUAAGUAUGCUGUAUUGAAGAGCCACAGGAGAGAGAAAGCAAUGGCUGUCAUGAACAAUGUCUUCCAGUUUCAUGCAAAGAAGCGUAUCUUCAAGGCAUGGCUCACCGACACUGUGGAGUCACGCAAAGCUAACCUCUUCUUUCAAAACCGUGGUCGAACAGAAGGCGAGGGAGAAGAAGAGGAUUGGUUCUAUCCUGAUGGUCAAGACCCCAUCUCACUGCUACCUCUUGAUAUUGCAAUAAAGAUAUUCUCAUACUUGGGAGUCCCCAGUGUGUGUAGGUGUGCCCAAGUCUGUAGAGCCUGGAAGGACAUGUCUGAAGACGCAAGACUCUGGAAUAAGGUAGAUCUAUCCCCGAUUGGACAUUACCUAACUGACUCCUCCCUUCUUCAAUUAUUUAAUAAAUGGAGACCGUUCCUGGGUCAUCUCUCACUUCAGAAGUGUGUCCUUCUCACCUCAGAUAGUUUCAAGUAUAUCGGCCAGUGUCAGAACCUGCAGGAUCUCAAUCUGUCCGAGUGUCAAGGAAUUACGGAUGAAGCCAUCAAAAGCAUUGCUAUCAGCUGUAGUGGACUCUUUUAUUUGAACCUGUCAUACUGCUAUGUUACUGACUCCAUCAUUAGACUACUAACAAAGUACUGUAGGAGUCUGAACUAUCUCAGUUUAUCAAACUGUACCCAAUUCACUGGCAAAGGGCUCCAGUCCAUAUUGGCAGGUGAAGGAUGCCGUAAGCUGGUCUACCUUGAUCUCUCAGCUUGUGUACAGUUAUCAACUGAGGCACUCCUCUUCAUUGGUCAGGGGUGUCCAAUCCUUCACACACUCACUCUUGAUGACAUCACUGACCUGGUGGAUGAAUCAAUCAUAAACUUUGUGACUCAUUGUCACACACUCCGUCACUUUUCGCUUCUUGGGAGUUCCUCUCUCACUGAUAGAGCAUUCAAGCACUUGGCACUUGAGAAUAGGAAGUUGAAGACAUUCAAAGUGGAAAAUAAUGAUCACAUAAGUGACCUGUCUCUCAGGGCACUAGCGAAAUCCUGUCGUGAUUUACAAGUGGUUUAUCUAGCUGGUUGUACUAAGAUCUCUGAUCAGGGCCUUAAAUCACUGGGACAUCUUAAGAAAAUACACUCACUUAAUCUUGCAGAUUGCUCAAGAGUAUCAGAUGCUGGGGUGAGGUAUAUAGUUGAACACAACAGUGGCCCUGUACUACGUGAACUAAACCUGACAAACUGUGCAAAGAUAUCUGAUGUGACACCAUUACGAAUAGCGCAGCAUUGUCGUAAUUUGAUGUAUUUAAAUCUUUCAUUUUGUGAGCACAUAUCAGAUACAGGUGUGGAGCUAUUGACACAGUUAUCAAAUCUUGUUGAUCUUGAUGUCACUGGAUGCAGUCUCACUGAUCUGGGAGUCAUAGCUCUUGGUCAAAAUAAGAAACUGAUGCAUCUUGGCUUGUCUGAAGUUGAUGUUACAGAUGAUGCUAUUAUUAAAAUGGCAAAAGGAUUGAAUAACCUACAGAUAAUUAAUUUAAGCUGUUGUGAAGCAUUAACUGAUGCUUGUGUCCAAGCCUUGGCCUUCAACUGUCAGCUACUUAUUAAAGUGUACCUAGCAGCAUGUCCUCAUCUUGGUGACAGUACAGCCAAAUAUCUUGCACAAGGCUGCACUUGGGUACAGCACAUUGAUCUCUCUGGGACUAGCAUCACUGACCAGGCUCUGAGACACUUGGGAAAAUCCUGUCAUCAUCUCACACAAUUGGACAUUCUCUCUUGUGUCCAUGUUACCAAGGAAGCUGUUGUGAAGCUGCAGAAGAUCUGUCCCUCAGUUAAUUACAACACUGAUCCUCCUCAGUAUAAUAUGCCAGCAAGAGAGGAUAUGCCUGAGCUACCAAUGGAAUCACUACUCAACCGCUUGUGAAGAGCACCACUGGAUGUGUCUUUUAACCCAUUGCACCAUUACAUGUACAUGUAUGUACCAGUAUGUAUCAUUCAGUAUCUUAAUAGAGAAUGUUAACAAUAAGCAUUCAAUGUAAA